CUAGAUACAAUGAUGACACUGAGCGUUCAGAUCAUCUUUGGCCUCCUUUGCUGCAUGAUUUCUCUUCCUACAGAUGGCUUCCCAGCAGACAGCAGUACUGAAUUUCGUUCUGCCUUCUCUGUGGCCAGAACCAGCAGCAUGGAAGGGAGCUCUGAGAUGGUAAUUACCUUUGACAAAGUGUAUGUGAAUAUCGGCAAUGAUUUUGACCCUAAGACUGGAUUGUUCCGCUGCCGAAUCCCAGGAGCAUACUACUUCUCCUUCACUGUUGGGAAAUACCCAAAGAAAAACUUGUCUGUCAUGCUGAUGAGAAACAAGAAUGAGGUGCAGGUAAUUGUGUAUGAUGAACAUCACCGCAAGGAACGGAAGGUGGCCAGCCAGAGUGCCAUGCUGCAGCUUGACUACGGGGACACGGUUUGGCUGCGUUUACAUGGAGAUCCCAAGUACGCUCUUUACAGCAAUGUGGGCCCCUACACAACUUUCAAUGGCUACCUGAUCUAUCCAGACACUUCUGCCUUCUUCCAGAAUGCUCUUAGCUCUCAAGAGCUCGGGCCACACCCUCACACAAUUCAGCAACUUCCCAGAGAGCAAAAUGAAGCUUCACAGCGACACAUGUUGUCUGACCAGCCAAACAGGGUACAAGACCCUCGCUCUGCAUUCUCUGUUGCCCGCACACAAAGUCUCCUGGGGACAGAUGAGAAGCAAACCCAGCAUGAGCCGAUCACAUUUGAUACAGAGUUUGUGAAUAUUGGAAAAGAUUUCAAUUCCUCCACUGGCAUCUUCACAUGCCGUAUACCUGGUGCGUACUAUUUCUCCUUCACCAUUGGCAAAAUGCCCUUUAAGACUAUGUCAGUGAAACUGAUGAAGAACCACAAUGAGGUGCAGGCCAUGAUCUAUGAUGACAACCACUCCAAGAGGCGGGAGAUGCAGAGCCAGAGCAUCAUGCUGCCUCUGCAGUAUGGGGACACUGUUUGGCUCUACAGCCAUCAGCACGAUGGCUAUGGUGCCUACAGCAACCAUGGCAAGUACAUCACCUUCACAGGCUUCCUCAUCUAUUCAGAGGCUCAGCCAAAGUGGCCUCCAGGUGCCAGCUUACCUCAAGGGUCAAACAAUUAA